UGAUGAUGUCUGGCUGGGUGUUCUGGAUAAGAAGGGGGAGGGGUGAUUUGAUAGACAGUGGGAGUCAGCUACCGCUCCAGCCCCAAGAGAAGAACAUAGCAUCGUCAUCAUCGUGGAAUCAAACAGACAGAGAUGGAUUCCUGCUUCAGAGGCCCCUUGUGGAUCACACUCAUCCUCUUCAUGCGGCCUCACUGCUCCUACAGCUCCGAGGGCAGACCGGUCUGCCCUCGGAGCUGCGACUGUUCGUAUAAUAAUGUUGUCCUGUGCACAGGCGACAUGGUCCAGGACAUACCAAAGGAGAUGCCCCCUCAGACAUACGAGGUGUACCUCAACAACACAAACAUGAAUGUUAUAAACGAUCAGAGCCUGAAAAACCUGGAUUUCAUGCAGCGCUUCGGUCUGACUCACAGCCACCUACACACCAUCCGACCGCUGGCGUUCCACGUCGCUCCAAAGCUCCGGUUCAUCAAGCUGUCGUCCAACAACCUCACCACGCUUCCCUCUCUAGUGUUCAGUCCGCUGACCAUUCUAGAACAGCUGUUUUUAGAUGGCAACCAGCUUGAGACCAUUUCUCCAGAAAUAUUUCACAGACUUGUUAAGUUGCAGGUUCUGGACCUGGGCCGCAACAAACUGAUAGAUCUCCCUCCGGAUGUUUUCGAUGGACUGACCGAACUCGCCUAUCUCAACCUUGCCAGGAACCGCUUAAAGAGGCUUUCUCCCACCAUCUUUCACUCCUUGGUCAACCUUCUCAAACUCUACAUGUACAACAAUAGACUCGAGGCGCUGGAGUCUAAGAUGUUUGAUGCACUCGUCAACCUCCAGGAGCUACUGAUCGACCACAACCAGAUCGCCAGGCUCCCGCGGCUUCUGUUCCAUCCACUGACGAACCUGACGAGUCUCACUUUGUCCUCCAACCAACUUCAGGCUGUCCCCCAAGAAACCUUUUAUAACAUGCCCAAGCUGAGAAAGCUGACCCUCUACAACAACCCCUUGCUUUCCCUACCACCCCAGCUGAUGGGUCACAUGCCUGAGAUGAGAGAAUUGUAUCUGUACAACACCAAACUCACUACUGUUCCUGGGAAUUUAUUCAGCAACAUGUCCGGGCUGUUGAUGCUUCACCUCCAUUUAAAUCACCAUCUCAGAGAGUUGCCCGCAGACCUUUUCUGUUGUCUCCCCCAACUCAGGAAGCUCUCGCUGAAAUACAACGACCUCCACUAUCUACAUCCUCAGCUGUUCUCCAAACUCACCUCACUGAACAUGUUGGUUCUGAGCGGCAACAGUCUGCAGAACCUAACCAAAAACCUUUUUCAGGGCCUCGAAGAGCUUCAGACCAUUGAUUUGAAGGAUAACUACCUCAAGACUCUGCCGGGAGAUAUCUUCUUGUCAAAUGAAGCGUUGGGUACUCUGACUCUGAUUGGCAACCCCUGGGAUUGCACGUGCAGCAUCAGAGGUAUUGCAAGAUGGAUUAGAAGCAAUGCUCGCGUGGUCAUUGACAAAGGAAAUGUGACAUGUCGCAGUCCAUCUGACAAACGGCACCGUACAUUAGCAUCUUUGCAAGAUCAGGAGUUCAGUUAUUGCGAUGUUUCCACUGAGUUUCCUGGAAAGAAAAACUUGCCUGCCUCGGCACAACCAUUCCACGCCAUCUCAACCAGUCGAUCGGCCUCAACAACCACACCACCAGCAACACCAUCAAGCACCAGUGAAGUCAUCAAACCACAGGUUUUCCAUGGCAGGCUGGUGAUCGAGCAGGGGCCGGAGUACGUUCACCACAACCACCACAGGGGCUGGGUGUUGGUGUGGUUUCUGCCCUCAGACACAGCCUGGGCUGGGUUCCUGAUGUUCUGUCACAUCCUUCUCGCGACCACAGGCCUGUUCCUCAUUCUUGCUGCCAUGUAUACUUUGUGUCGCCUCGACAAGACCAUGGAUAAGCUGAAGGCCGAGUGUACAUGAAAGUAAGGGUAGCCCACCAUGUUAUCAGGCUGAGUGCACGAGAGCAAAAGAUAAACUGUCCUUCUCCACAAGCUGCAGCACAUUAAAUAUCACUAUUGUUUGUUGCUUUCCUCGAUGCUAUUUUUGUUGUGAGCAGUUUGGCUUGAGAAAUGGGAUUCAAUGUCGCCUAUUUUAAAAAGUUUUGAAGGUCAAAUUAUUUUAAGAUUGUUUUCUAAGAAUCAUGGUUAGAUGAUACAAUAAUUAAUAUAGAUUAGGAAAUGCAAACCUUACGCUUUAACAAAGCUGUGAAAAUGCAAAUCAAUUAAUUUGACAAAUUAUUUGUUCGUCAUUUUAUAUAAUCCAAGCAUUUUUGUUAUACUUUUCAUUUUUUAUAAAUCACAUCUCUUUGGAUUUUUGACUGUUGGUUGGACACAUUUACAAUCUGAAGACAUCACUUUGGGCUCGG